AUGGCGACAAACUUUCUUUUCAAUCUUGUGAGGUUCAGUCAAUUCAAAGUGGUGGAGAGGGACAGGCAAUGGGGCCUUUGGAUAACUCAGGCUCAGAAGCUAACUCAGGGCCUUUGGAUAUCUAAACGGCGACGGUUUGGAAGACUGUGGGCCAAGCAUAUUGAUUGUGGGCCAAGGUAUCCAAAUUUACAUUUCGGGAGGUGGGGCUGGGGUCCACCUGCUAAUCUUAAUUAG